AUGGAUGACGAUGGCAAUGGGUUUGUAGAUGACGUCAACGGCUACAGCUUCCUGGGCGCCUGCAAUGGGGAGCUGGACAUGUUUGGCGACUGCAGCCAGUGCGGGCCGACCAGCGACGUGACCGAUGACGACGGACAUGGGACGCAUGUUGCUGGCAUUAUCGCAGCCGCUAGGGACGCCGGGCUGGGGGUGGCAGGGGUUGCCCCAGCUGUCAAGAUCAUGGUGCUCAAGGUCAGCGACUGCGCCACGGGCGCCAUCUACGCGGCCGCCGUCUUCAGCGCCCUCGACUACGCCCUGCGCAUGGGCGCCCAGCUCGUCUCCUGCUCAUUUGGCCGCUCCUACCCAGACGGGUUUGCGCCCGUCAGCUACCCCCCACCGUCCGAGGGCCACCAGGCGCAGGCGGCCGCGUACCUGCAGGCCGUGAUGCCCCUGAAGAGCGCCGGCGUGCUGCUGAUGGCCGCCGCAGGCAACAAUGCGCUCAACCUUGAUUUGCUGAGCAGCUUCGGCUACUCCAACAACCCCUGCCUAACGGGCACCACCUUGGACAAUGUGCUGUGUGUGGCCGCCACGCUCGAAAACGACACCCUCGCCUCUUACAGCAACUAUGGGCUGCGGGCGGUCGCCAUCGGCGCGCCGGGCAGCGUGCGCAGCACGUGGCCAGGCAAGACCGCCAGGGACUUGUGGGGCACUUCCAUGGCGACGCCUGUGGUGACGGGUGCCGCGGCGCUGGUGCUCUCCACUGUCUCUAUCCUUACGGGCAACACCACAGGCCUGGCCUCGGCUGUCAGGCAGCUGCUGCUCGCAUCCGCCGCCGCGCCGCCCUCGGCGGCCGGCACGUUCAACCGCCGCGUCGACGCCGGCGCCGCGGUGCGCGCGGCGGUCGCCAAGUAUGCGCCCGCCGGCAGCCUCCCGUCGCCGGCGCCCCUGGCGGCGGGCGCGAUGGAGGGCGCCGCGAUGCAGCACACCACAUUUGCGGAGCGCUACUACAAGGCCGGCGUCCCCGGGGGCUGGCAGGCGGGCGUUGCGCUGGACACGUCGGCACGUGCGGCGCAGCUGCCGCUCGGAGGCUUCAAGUAUGGUGCCGGGUACACCGCUCGCUUCACGGCGUGCACAUACCUGGGAAGCUCUGGCAUCUACAGCGUCCGCGUCACUGCGGCGGCCGCGGAGCUGGCCGUCUCCGGCGCCGCCGCGCCCUCGCGUGCCGGCCCCGGCAGCCGCCUGUUCCUCUUCCGCGCCCAGGCGGCCGGCUGGUACACCUUCGACCUCGCCCUCACAAACGCCACCGGCUCCGUUGAUAUGGAGAUUCAAACGCCGGCGUCCGGGACCUACUUGCGCAUCACCAGCUGGCUCGCGCCCCCGGCGACGCCACCGCCGUUGCCGGCGCCCGGGUUCGUCACAUCCCGCGCGUCUUGGACCGUGUACUACAACACGACGCCCUCCGUCAUCAGCCUCUGCCCCGGGGCGCUCGCCAGCCUGGGGGGCGCACGCCAGCCGGGCGCGCUGGCGGCGCUGCAGAACGCGGCUGUUGCGCCGGCGCUGGCAUUUGCGCCGGGGGAACUGCGGGCGUUCCUGUUCCCGGGUGGCGUGGCGGCGGGCGCGGGCGCCGCGGGGGUCGUCCUGGGCGGCGUGGACGUGGCUGCCAACGCCACGUACACCUUCAAGGUGACCUGCAAGGGCUGCACACUCUCGGUGGGCGGGCAGCUGCUGAUUGACUCAUGGCAGUCCACAUCGGUUCUCAACGGCACGGCCAAGCAGAGCGGGUGCACCAAGUUCCAGCGGGCCGGGGUCCAGAGGGUUCAGGUCAACUUUGGGGGCGCGGCGCUGGCUGACGCGCCCCUGCAGCUGCACUGGGCGCCGUGCAGCGCGACCAGCACCCUCAACUGGGUGCCUGUGGCGCCCGCCGACGCGAGUGCGUGGGUGCCGGCGGAGGCGCUGACUGGAUACAUCGGCGGCGCACAGUGCGACGUGUGGCGCGGCGCGGUGGUGGCGCCAGCGGGGGUCGCGCCCAUGUUAAAAGUGCGGCUGCCGGAGGCGUCGGCCUCCGCAAACCCUGUGGAUGCGCCGCUCUCAUCCGGCUUCCCCAGCAGCCUUGAGGGCCUCCUGCCAGGGCUGGCGGCGGCUUACCCUUCCACCAGCCCGCAGCUCUUCAGCGCCCGCUGCUGGGCGUUCACGUCCGCCGCGCUCGGGGCCAUCACCAUGUUGCCCAAGGGCGCCUCGGCCGCGUACCUCGGACACGCGCAGGUAUGGGACGGCGCCCAGGCGACGCCGCCCGCGGCGUGGCGCCACGCCGCCAGCGGCGCGGUCCUGCGGCCGCUCGUCCUGGAGUGGCGCGGCGUCGCGGCGGCCCAGGCGCUCGCCGUCUACGCGAGCGGGGCGCCGCUGCGCGUGUCCCUCGCGGCCAUGCGGCUGCCGCUGCCGGUCCAGCCGGCGGCCGACCCCCGCUUUGUCGGUGUCCCCGGGCACGCCAGCCAGGCAUACUAUUCGCCGGCCCCCGCACUGCCAGACUUGCCGGGGCUCAUCUUGUUCGACGCCUCGCAGCUGACGGCACGCGGCGCGUACAACAAUGCCACCGCCGGCCUCGACGUCGCGGUGGGGUCGUACUUCGGCGUCCCGCCCGGCGCGCUGCGGUACGCGGUGACAACGGGUUACACGACGUCUCCCGCGACGACUAAGGGGCGCCUCUUGCUCGCGCGCCUCAGCUGGGCCAACCCCGCCGGCCAGGGUGCCACCCUCGUGGCCGGCGGAGCCUCCGGCGUCACGAUUCGCAACGGCGACGGCUUCGGGCUGCGGGUUGCACCGGGCGCGGCGGCUGAAAGCUUCUCCUACGAUUUUUACCUCCCCCCUGGCCUGCUGCGGCUGACGGCCGUGGUGAAGACGCAGGCGCCGGGGGCCGGCGCCGCGUUUUUCGCAUCGCUGACGACGGCUGGGCAGGGGGGCGCUGCGAUCGGCGCGCGCAAUUGGCUGAAGGCGUUGGACCUGUGA